AUCCGCGCCGGUGGUUUGACUGCGGGAAACCGAUCUCCCUCCCUCCCUCCCCCCAAAUUCUCAGCUACUGUUGGUUUACUAAAUAUAUUCAAAGAAUAUUCGGAUCGUCCCAUAUAGAUCCACGCCAAGGAAUCUGGAGUACUUUGUUAUAAAUGCUUCAUAUAUUAACGAUAAGAAAUAUCUUCCUUGAAAUUUGUGCCAAGCUUUUCUUCUGUGGGGAAGAGAAGGAAACAUAAAUCAGCUCCAAUGGCUUCUCCCGGCCUUAUUCCUUUAGUUUUCCUGCUGCUUGUUGUUCAUUGCUCUGCAAGAGUUCUUUACCCACUCCCUAGCCGAAGAAAUGAUAGAAACCGACAACCGAUCCAGACGUUUCGCCCUUACAACGUUGCGCAUCGCGGUUCGAAUGGAGAAAUUCCUGAAGAAACUACCGCUGCAUACAUGAGAGCUAUUGAAGAAGGUGCUGAUUUCAUCGAGACGGAUAUCUUGGCAUCGAAAGACGGUGUGCUUAUAUGCUUCCAUGAUGUAACCCUAGAUGAUACUACCGACGUAGCCAACCACACGCAAUUUGCCGAUCGAAAGAGGACAUAUGAGGUUCAAGGCGAUAAUAUUACUGGCUAUUUCUCAGUUGACUUCACAUUAGAAGAGUUGAAGUCAUUGCGAGUGAAGCAGAGAUACUCUUUUCGGGAUCAGCAGUAUAAUGGCAAGUUCUCCAUUAUCACAUUCGAAGAGUUCAUAUCGAUAGCUCUGGACGCACCCCGUGUUGUUGGAAUAUAUCCAGAGAUAAAGAAUCCCGUUUUCAUCAAUCAACGUGUAAAGUGGUCUGGUGGAAAGAAAUUCGAGGAUAAAUUUGUGGAGACGCUAAAAAAGUAUGGAUACAAAGGUUCUUAUUUAUCAAAGGAAUGGCUGAAACAACCUGCUUUUAUUCAGUCGUUUGCACCAACAUCUCUUACAUACAUAUCAAACCACACUGACCUGCCCAAGAUUUUUCUUAUUGAUGAUACUACGAUACCAACUCAAGACACAAAUCAGUCAUUCUGGGAGAUCACUUCAGAUGAUUAUCUCGACUACAUCAAAGAAUAUGUUGUGGGAAUCGGACCGUGGAAAGAUACCCUCGUUAUUGCAUCAAAUAACUAUCUCCAAACUCCCACCGACCUCGUAGCCAGAGCACAUGCCCACAACCUCCAGGUGCACCCGUACACAUUCAGAAACGAGAACCAGUUUCUGCACUUCAACUUCAGCGAAGACCCGUAUAAUGAAUACGAGUAUUGGAUAAAGAAAGUGGGGGUCGAUGGACUGUUUACAGACUUCACGGGGAGCCUCCAUCAGUAUCAAGAAUGGACAACACCUUUCUCAAAUGGAGAAGAAGAUGCAAAUAAACUUCUAGAUAGGAUUGUUUCAUUGAUAUCCAAGUUCAAGCGCACCUAGUUAGUUUUUCCUUCUUUCGUAGAUUCGUAUUAUAAUCCCAAAUUUGCCCUUUGUACAAUCUCUAUUUUAGUCCCACAUAUACAUACAUAUAUAUGUGGAGAUUACAAGAAAUUGGAUCGACAUUUUUUUAUUGGAGAUAACGAAAAAUGCCUUGUAAAGAAAGAGAACAAUGUGGUGUUUCGUUUUCUUUUAAUAAGUAAUUGCAUUUGGAUAUGUCUAUACAAAAACAAAAGGGCCAAAUCAUUAUGUAUUCGAUGAGUCGUUGUUUCCAUGUCUAUGCUAUAUUGGGUACCAUGAAUCUCUUUACGUUUA